AUGGCGGUUCAAAAUCCGAAUAAUUGGCAUUGGGUCGACAAGAAUUGUAUCGAAUGGGCAAAGAAAUAUUUAACUAGCAAGUUAGUUGGACAAUCGACUGAUGGUGAUAAAACAAGUAAAUUUGCAGAAAUAUCUAAAGUUUCUUCAAUUGAAGGUGAUUGUGAAGUUAACCAAAGAAAAGGUAAGGUAAUUUCUUUAUUUGAAUUACAAAUUACAAUGCUAAUCAGCGGUAAGGUCGAUGAUCAAGAAUUCGAUGGUUCCAUUAGUGUUCCAGAUAUAUCAUUUGAUUCGGAGAUAACCGAUUAUCAAUUUGAAAUAUCGAUCUAUAAGGAAACUACUAAAUUAAAUGAAAUCAAACCUAUCAUUAGAGAAACAUUAUUACCAAAAUUAAGGGACAUUUUCCAACAAUUUGGUAAAGAUUUAUUAAAAGAAAAUGGAAAUGAUAUCCAAGUCUCUGAAGACAAAGUUACUUCCCAAUAUACCAAAUCUAAUCAACAAGCUAGUUUCAGAAGUGUUGAAGAGAAUGUUGCUACCACAGCAUCCACUACUUCUGCAUCAAAGACUACCAACCCAGCAACCGCUGCUUCCACUGCUACUACCUCUAGUGGUAGUACUACUAACAAGAGUUCUAGCACUAAAUUUGCUUUGGGAACUGGUAAUACCACUUCAAUUCACAUAGAGCCAGUUUUUAAUGUUCCUGCUUCGGAAUUGUAUAUGACAUUCAUUGAAAAAAACCGUGUAAUGGCAUGGAGUAAAUCACCAAUCAAAAUAUCGAAUACAAAGGAUACAGUUUUAAAACUUAAUGAAGAAUUCAAAUUGUUUGGUGGAAAUGUCACAAGUAAAUUGGUUUCCCAAAUUGAAAAUAAAGAAUUAGUAUUCGAAUGGAGAUUAAAUUCAUGGAAUGAUAAAAUCAUUUCUAAAUUAAAAUUAGAAUUCCAUGAAUCUAAAGCAUAUCAUGAAACUAAAUUACAAGUAACAUGGGAUGGCAUUCCAAUUGGAGAAGAAGAACGGGUACGUAACAAUUUCGAAGAAUUUUACGUCAGAGCAAUUAAAAUUACAUUUGGGUUUGGUGCAGUUCUAUAG